AUGGCCGCCGCGACGUCGGACUCGCAUCACGCGUCGUCCAGCCUUAACGGUGACGCCGCGCCGUUUUCAUAUGACGAUCCCCAAGGGUCGCACGCCUUUCCAUCGCUGGCACCGCUAUCCCACGAUCUGGAGCUGCUCUCGCCGGCAAAGGUCUCCGACUUCUCCGUCGACGACUUCCUCCUUUCGCGCACAAAGGCCUCGGAUCUCAACUUCAUCCUCAGCGACCUUCGAAGCUACAGCGAGAAGCUCAAGGACGAGCUCUACUCCAUCAUCAAUGAGGACUACAAGGACUUCGUGUCCCUCGGCAGCAGCCUCAAGGCCGAGGCGCACCGCAUCGCACGGCUUGGCUGGAAUGUUCGCUCGAUAGAUGCCGGCGCCCACAGUCAUGUUCCACCAGAGGGCUUGUUGGCUCCCGUGCGCGACACGCUGCUCGCUUCGAGGAGCAUGCUCAAGAGCGUCCAGGACGAUAUCGAGGGCUGCAUCAAACGCAAGGAGGACGCGACGAGUCAGAAGGCGAGACUCGAGCUGAUGCUGCAGCUUCACGACUCAAUAACGAGGCUGGAGGAUUUGCUCCUCAUCCAGACCGACAAAACACAGAAGGGUCGAACAAGGUCGUUGCACGCGACAAGGAGGCCGUCUACGCUCGGCGUCACUCCUCUGAGAGAGCGAAGGCAGAGCAUCAUGUCGACAACGUCCGAUUCGGAGCAAGACCUCUCCGACUACGCCAUGUCGUCGGGCUACGAGGACGGCUUAGAGACCGAAGAUAACAUCUCGUCCGACGAGCCAACAACAAGCAAGGCAAACGGCGAUGGUCAGCCAAGACGCGCAAGACGAAGGAUCCUGCGUCGGUUCUCGUCGAGUGCACAGAAUGCGCGAUCGCCGAUCCAGCAAAGGACUUCCUCAGACGCAGCGGCCUCCUCUUCUCGCGCACCGUCGGAUACUUUGAAGGCCGCCGGUGCAGGCUCCUCCUCGUUGCUAGGCUUGCCGCAACGCAUCGCGCGCACUUCUGCCGAGUACUCUCGUCUGCGAUUUCUCCACCGACGCAUCGACGAAGAGGAUCUCACGCACGCCGCCGACGCGCUGCGCGAUCGCAUCGAGACCGUCCGCUCAGUACUUCGUCAAGACCUCCGCAAGCUGCUUGGUGCUCUCGUGUCGCCCAACUCGCUCCUCGUGCACGGCCAGAGCAACACAAAGGCUCCGGCUUCUCCAGAGAUGCGGAGAUCGAUGCGACCCUCACCGAGCGCAGCACGCCGGACAAGCUUCCUUCAGGGUCACUCGAUCCAAGCUGAAUCAGUACGGGAGCUGUCAGUAUCCGAGCUGGAAGCGUGGAGUCAGGUCGCAGAACCGAUCGAGGGUGGCAGCGCCGUGGAGGAAGGGUAUUGGGAGGCGAGACUGGAAGAGCAAAGAUCGUGGCUCGAGAUGGCCUUGACGACUCUGAACACGCUCACACUGGUCCAAAAUUCGAGCGUUAGUGAAGACACCCAGGCAAAGCUAAGGAAUGAGGCGGAAGAGGCGGUCCGCGAUCUCUUGGUGAGCGCAUGGGCGGCCAAGGCCAUUGUCAAUGACAAGCAGCUCACGGAUGACGACAUGUCAGCCACGCUGGAGAAGUUGCCGCCAGCAGUACAAGCCCAGUUCGACGAGCAUCACAACAAGCUUCAGUCGCUGCUUCUUCCAACUUCGACGUCCAGCCCCCUGGUCGAGACGUACAACGCCAUCCUGUCCUUCGUCGCAUCGACUGCAUGGCACGUCUGCGAUGCUUCACGCGAGAUCUCCGACCAGACAAGAUCCGCAGCCGCCACCGAAGCGCUCGAUACCGCAGAAAGAGCCCGCGAUGCACGCUGCGACGUCUUCACCAACGUCGUCUGGGACGAGCUAUCCUCUCGGCUGCUCGAUACGAUGGGCAGCACCAUCUUCUUCGUCGGCCAGACGGACACGUUCUACUCGAACUUUACGUUGACCAACGACUUCCUGCAACGCUUCCUCUCGCUCGCCCCUACGGACGCAGCAAAGCUGGCGAUGCAGGAGCAUCCCAAUUGGCUAGUCUUCAAACGUCGAUGGCAGCUACCCGUCUACUUCCAGAUGCGGUUCCGCGAAGUAGUUCUCCAGCUUGAAUCGCAGCUCGUCGAUGGGAGAUCGGCACACGAGACCGCGCAGGGCAAAUGCAUGCUCGCAACACACGCGACGCUGCAGGCGAUCUCGAAGCUGUGGUCCGAAGGCGUGCACAUCCACGAGCUCUCGGCCCGAGAAUGGAGGGUAACGCUCCAGCUGCUGAGCCGAUACAAGACAUGGGUGGAGGAGCAGUCGCCUGCGGAACUCACUACGGUCAACGGAGCAGCCAAUCGACCGCUGGACGUAGUCCGCACCUCCUCCGCAGCCGGCGCCUCGGACGGGUCACGCAACAGCAACGACAUCUCGCGCGUCUCGACGCCGCAACCGCCACCCGACCUCACAUCGCAGCAGCACGACGACGAGACGCUGCACUUCGCCACCGCCCUUCUGGCCGACUGCUUCUUCCUGCAAACGCAGAUGGGCGUCCUGCUUGACUCGACGAUCUUCGCGCGCAUCGCGGCGCACAUGAAUCUGGACAAUGCAUCCGGGCUGGACGAGUUGCGCGUCGACCUGCAGCGCGUGCUCGAGACCGAAUCGCUAGACUUCAUUCCCGGUCUGUCCGCUUCGGUGGGUCGGUUGGCGUACAGCAUCAUCUUGCCGCGCGCCACGUCGCCUCUUCGGCUACUGCGAUCCUUCUCCACCCCUGCCUAUCGGUCCACCUCCACCCCCGCUGCAGGGGAAGGCGGCCCAAGCGUACAAGUGAUCCACCAGAUCCUUGCUCCCCUCUCCAAAUUCCUUUCCACCGAAACGCCCGGCCUACCGCCUACGAUCGUGCGCGAAUGGAUCAAGACUAUUUUGGGCGACAUUCUCAAACGCUACACAUCGACGAUUGAGACGGUCAACAAGAACCAGCAGAGCCUGAUCCGACUCAAAAAAUCCCAGAACCCAGGCUUGCUCGGUGGGCUGUUCAAAAGCACCGCAAACCCCGGGGGUGCAGCCGAGGCGGGCGAGUUGGAGAGGCAGUUUGCAGAGACCAACAGGUUGGCGCUCAAAACGUGGAGAGAGGCGCUGGACGGGUUGGGGUUGGAGUUGCAGCUGGACGAGUGGGAGGCAUGGGUGGGACUGAGGAGCUUCCUCGAGUCCGAGCUGGACGCUUUGUAA